CGGAAAUAGGGAAAGAAAAUUGACAGAUAGAAGAAAAACAAUGUAUUUUGGAAGUUUGUAGCAUUUUAUGCAUCGGCAUCCUUUGCAGCAGUGAACCAUUGCAGGCAAGAUGGAUUCAAUGGCUAAGUUUUCAGCCAUGGCAUCUAAUAUCAGACAUCUAAAGUCUAAAGGAUCUGACAAAAUAGGUGACCCCCAGGCAGUCAACAAAUGGUCAGAAAUUAGGAUGUCAAUGAAAGGAGUGGGAGGCGCGUUGUUCAAAUCAGGAUGGCUCCGGAAACAGGGUGGCAUGGUCAAGACUUGGCAUCGUCGCUGGUUCGUUCUCAAUGGGGACUACCUGUUCUACUUCCAAAAGGAAGAUGAUGUGCGACCCCUAGGAAUGAUAUAUCUCCCUGGAAACAAGAUUAUUCAGCAUCCCGCCAAUCCAGAGGAACCUGACAAGUUCUUGUUGGAGCUAAUUCCAGCGGAAAAAGAGUUAACCAUUCAUAGGUGUUCUCAAGAAGUUUAUGCCAUCCAUCGCAGUAAAUCACUCAGCUAUAAAAGUAAGACGAUGCCAGCUAUGAAAAUGGCACCCAACCAUGAGACCUUUCUGUUGUCAGCAGCAACGGAUGAGGAACGGCAAGACUGGAUCAGGGCCAUUCGUAAAGUCAUGUUUGCAAACAAAGGGGGAGCAAUAUUUGGGAACAGUUUGGCAGAGACAAUGGAGUUUGAGCGAACAAGAAGUGAUCGUAAGGUGCCAUACAUCGUAGAAUCAUGUAUAGAGUUCCUUACUAAAUAUGGUCUGGAGAUAGAAGGCAUCUUCAGACUCCCAGGAAGAAUGCUACUGGUCAGAGACCUGAAAGACCGAUUUGACGAGGGUGAAACUUUCGACCUUGAAGAGGAAGAUGCUGAUAUCCAUUCUGUAGCCUCAUUGAUAAAACAGUACUUCAGAGAGCUUCCAGAGUGCCUUAUUCCAUACAACAAAUACCAGGAGUUUAUGAACAUUGCAAUGCGUUACCAGGGUAACAAGGCUAAGAAUACGCGAAACGAGGAAGUUGAGUUACUGCGUACACUAAUGACUGACAUUCCGCGUGAUAAUUACAAUUGCUUGAAAUAUUUGUGCGCAUUUUUGCACAGAGUAGCUGAUAAUACAUCUAUUAAUAAAAUGACUGUGCAAAAUCUUGCUAGAGUGUUUGGGCCAAAUAUCAUUCGUCAUCCGCAAAUGGAUGAUAACCCAGAAGUGUUCAUGUUGACUACGGCCGAUAUAUCGGAACAACUUGCCUACAUGAUGAUUAACUAUGACGACAAAAUAUUUUCAGUAGAGUUCGAUGAUGGGAGGAAAUCAGUGAAUGUAGCUGUAGACGAUUUGCUUAGAUUAGAUGAAAACGAGGAAGUAGAAAAACUCAAGCUCGUUCAGCCCAUGUCAGCAAUGGACGAUUUGUCGUCCAUUAUCAUUGACCAGAAAGGUGAUCGACAAGGGAGAUCAUUCUGCACCGAUACUAACCUGCUUCAGCAGUUUCAAAGCACCAAUUUAGAGAACCAAAGUGAAAGCCAACAAGAGGGUGUGUUAGACCCUUCAAGACAAAGCGAAGACUUUGUAAAGGUCCCGAGACCAGCUCCUAGGUCAGUUUAUGUUGAUGAACGUAAGCCUAUACCUCCACUGCGAAAAAAGUACAUGAGAAAUCACUCCAGUGUAGGCCAUACUACAAGUAACGACUCGAUAAGCUCUGAAUUGAGUAACUCUUCGAAUUCCUUAGAUGGCUCUACCAAUGAUGUUUGCCAUAGAAACUCCAUGCGAAGUUCAUCAAGAAAUUCUGACAGUGAACCAAAUACAUUAGUGCUUGAACUUCAGCAAAAACUUGACACUCUCACUGCUGAGAAUAACACAUUGAAAGCAAAGUAUGACAAUCUAAAUGCCUCAAAGGCAAAAUCUGAUGCAAGGGUGAAAAAUCUUAGUGACGAAAUGAGAAAAAUUCAAAACAGAUAUGACGAACAUAUUACAAAUUUAGAAAACAGGCAUAAAGCUCAAGUAAAUGAACUAUGUGUUAAGCUAGAUGAGGAGAAAUCUAGCAGAGCAGAAGCUGUGCAGAAGGUUUUAGAGCUCCAGAAAACAAUUCAGACUUACCAGAUGCAGUAUGGGGACAUUAAAGACAAGUUACCUCCCUUGUACCCAGAAAAGAGUUAGCUCCCUUUGAUAUGAUUGUGACAUGACAAUAUUUGGUACAGGCAUGAUAUUUUUAGCUUAAAGCUGUUAAAAAAAUAAAAUUCAGGUUAUUGUCAUUGCCUAGGUGUUGUUGCUGGUGUCAUCAUUGGUGUUGCUGUCAUUGUAGUGCAAACACUUUGAACUUGGCCAUAACUCAAAAACCUUUCAAAUGAAACUUGGUACACAUGUUGCCAGAUAUAAUUCACAGAUGAAUAACGGCCAAUAAUUCUUACUCUAAUAAUUGUCUACAUGUACAUGUACAUGUAUGACCCUCUUGCUUGAUAAAAAACAACAACAACAAAACAAAGGAGCGUUGGCUUUCUCUCAACGGCACUCAUUAUGUAUUUGAAAUUGACAAAUUUUAUCGAUUCUAGGAUAAAAUAUCAGACGAAAUACUCAAAUAAUUCUAUGGUUAUAAAAAUGAAAAGAACAAAAUAUGAAAAUAUCUUGUCAUACAUUUAACAAUGAAAUAGAUACUUAUUUCUUUGGAAAAAAUGGCAACAAAGGUGUUAAAGCACCAUAAUCCUGCUUGGAGUUUGAAUCCCUCAUGCUCAACCUAUUUAGGAUUGGUAUUUUCUGUCUGUUUUCCACUAUGACUAUGCAAAGUAAGAAAUACCAUACAAAAAACAUGAUUUUUAUUGGAUACUGUAGUUAAUUAUACUGAAUGAAAAUGUUUCUGUAAAAUAUCUUCCAAUACUAAUUUUUGUUUUCCGUUUUAGUUCUUUUCUCCACUAAAAUUUAAGAGCAUAAAACAUUUGUUUCAUGAAAAUUUAUUUGUAUGCUGAAUAAAUGUAAUACUAAUGUUAUUUUACAUCAUUUUUGUAUAUAAGUAUUAACAGCCUUAAAUAUAAUAAUAUUUAAUAAUAUAUUCUAAUUUGAAUCUUAUGUACAGUACUGGUAUAUGUAUCAAAAACUGGUUAUAUAAUGGUGUUUUAUAUUCAAAUACUGCUUGUAUACUGAUUCAAAUGCAAUGGUGCUUAAUUAUUUAAAAAAAUGAGCUAUAUGAUAAUUACACAAAAUGCUGUUUAACUUGUGAAUGUAUGUCCCUGUUAUUGGCUCAAAUACAUAGUUGUGAACAUGGUUUAUAGUUAUGAUGUUAUAUGUAUGUUGUGUUAUUUUUAGUUUGUUUGUUUUUCGAGAAAAAAUUGUUGAGGUAUUGUUAUAGCCUUCAAUUAGCUGUCACCAUCAGAGUGUAAAAACUUUAACUUUGACGGUAACUCGAAAACUGUCCAACAUAUUUAAAUGAAACUUGGUGCACAUAUUUCCAGAGACAAUAGGCACAUGUACAGCAAUGCCUGUAACUUUGGCUUUAACAUUUGUUGAGUUAAAUCUAUGUUCCUUUUUUGAGGAAAAUAACACAAACAAUUAUUUGCAACGCUUUGUUGCGCUCUUGUUAAGCAUAUAGUUUUUUUGUACAAUUAUUUUAUGUUUCAGCUCUUGGUUUACUUGAUAGAUCAUUGUUUUCUUCCCUUAGCUGCUUAUGAACAAAAUGUUGAUGAAACUUUCUGAAAACUUUGGUUAUGUUGAAUGAUUGUAAAUUUAGUUAUUUUGAUUUAAUUUCAAUUUUUAAGUACAACUUUUCUUGCUGUGAUGUAUUUUGAGUGCCUUGUGAUGCAGUGGCUAUCUAGUUUUAGCUUUUCACUUUUCACAGACAAAAGUUGAGCAAUUGUCUUUGCCUUGGUGGCAUUGUUAACGUAUGAGUACAAAUGAAGGUCCGAAACUUCAUACAUUGUCACCAAUGACAAUACACAUAUUUGCCAAGACUAAUAAUUCUUGCCUUGAUAGUAAGAGUAUUAUUAUAUGCUUACUGUGAUUUUUUUCUAGUAUUACAGUAAAUUGGGAACUUUUUGGGAACAUGCACCCAACGAAAUGUUAAUAACAAGCCAUGUUAUAUUCAUAACUGUAUUGAUAAUCAAUUCACUUAAAUUGAAAAUGGAGACUCGAAAUCAAAAUUUCUAGAAUCUUCAAAGCGAAUAUAACUUCAUGUAUGUAAGAGUAUAGAAAAAAGGCUAGACUAAGAUAAUGCUUAAGUUAUCCACUUGUAUAGGGGUUCACCUCUUAUAAUAAUCUAGCAACAAGAUAGAAAUUCUUAAUUACAGUAAGAUACUUUACUAGAGGGAUGGAUUGCAAUUCCAGGGUAUUUUUCCCCCAGCAGGGGUAUGGCAUGUAUGCUUUUGAUAAAUUAAAUCCCAAAAGUUGCAUUUUUUCUUGCCUGUGUUCAUAGCAAACCAUAUAGUGUGAUUAAAUUGAGAUUAUUUUACACUAGUGUUCCAAUUUAUCUACUUUAAUUAUUUGAAGUGUUCAUCAUGUGGCAUUUUAAAGUUAUUAGUAAAUUAUUCACCUUGGCACAAUUUAUGGGUAGGAACUUUGUUUGAAAACAGCUUAUUUUCUUUCAAAGCUGCACUCUCACAGAUUGAAUGUUUUGACAACUUUUUUUAUUUUUUGUCUUGGAACAAGCCAAUUUUUGCGAAAAUCCAUUGAAACCAGUUAUAUAAGACUGCUGACAAAAAAUUAUAUCGCAGAUUUUUUAUAUUUGAGUUCAAAAAUUAAUGUUUUAUGCAUUUGUCUUAAACUGUUAGUAAUGGUUUAAGCCAUAAAACAUAACUUUUCGAACGGAAAUAUGAAAAUCUGCAAACUGAUCUUUUGUCAGCAGUCUUACAUCAUUGGUUUGCAGAUAUUUAUGCAAAAAUUUGCUUUUUCCAAGACAAAAAAAAAAGUUGUAAAAAUGGAAUGUCAGUUGCUGUCUGGUGUUUGUUCAUAAAAGUAAUUGAAAUAACUUUAUUCAAAAAUGCUACUAACAUACAAUUUGUUAGAAUACAAAGUAGAUUGAUUACUAGUAAUUUUGCAAGAGUUUAAUUUUCACAAUUCUUUUUCAAAAAAGUUGUAAAAAUGGAAUGUCAGUUGCUGUCUGGUGUUUGUUCAUAAAAGUAAUUGAAAUAACUUUAUUCAAAAAUGCUACUAACAUACAAUUUGUUAGAAUACAAAGUAGAUUGAUUACUAGUAAUUUUGCAAGAGUUUAAUUUUCACAAUUCUUUUUCA